UAGUCGCCUCUUACGACAAGCAUAGUCGCCUUUUAUGGCAUUUUGAUCGUUUUUUGUUCGUGUAGAACAGUGUUUUUUUUGUGAAGGGUAAGCUGGCGUAGUCAACUGACAUUGUCCACUGAAGUAGUUUCCUUUCGAACAAUCUUUAAAACUACUUUCUACCAAAAUUUCACAAACAUUACAUGAAAUAAGAAUUUUGAUAUUGUCUAAUUUUAGUUAUAACAAGUUAAAGUGUAUCUUUUCAUCGAUAUGUAAGAUUUAAUACCGUAACAAAAAAAGUGCAAUGAAAAUUUGCAAGAAAACAAUGACCACUUGACCUCAGGUCAUUGCUAUGUAAUAGCCAAUCAGAAUCCUCAAAAUAUUUGCGCGACUACGCGGAUUAAGUCGAUUUUGUUUUUAAAAAAAUAAUACGUGUAGAUUUUAUUAUGGACUGUAAUUUAAAAUGGAACAAAACACAAAAGUUUACUCAGUGCCAUCACCAUGAUGAAAUUCUCUUUGAAAAUUGUGUUCUCAAAGGCUGAAAAGCCGCACUACAUUUGUGACGUCAUAGAAGUGUGACGUCACAGAUAGUUAGUAUCCCGAGACAUCGGACCACAUGCGGCUGUGCCCACUAUCUCGCAGACGUUUUCUUCUUAGAAAUGGCGACAAUACUCAAGUUGAAGAGUAUCUCGAAUCCUUCAAUCGUCGUGAAUUAUGGUUCACGUACGAGGUUCCUGUCCAAGACACCCGGUCCCCACAAUGUUGCGGCUGAAACUUGGGGAUCCUAUUUCAAUUCUUCUGGGGAACAGGUGGAUAAUAUCCUAAGCCCAUCUGUUCAUUCAUCAGCCCCGAGUGGUGACAAAUCUGUUGAUGACGUUAAGAAGAGGGCCCCUCCUCAAGAGCUGGGAUCACCUGCUCAAAAGCCUGAUGAGCCACAAGGGGAAGCACCAUCUGACCAUCAGCUUGAACCAUCGGUGGAAAACUCAUCAUCUGACGAGCACUCUCUAGCUCCAUGGAAGAGUCCAUCUCCAACACCUGAUGAGAGUUCAUCGGUUCACGGGCCCACUCCAACAAGUGAGAAGACUCCAUCAAUUCACCGACGCACUCCAACAAGAGAGAAGAGUCCAUCCAUUCACGGACCAACUCCAUCACGUGAAAAGAGUCCAUCAGUUCAUGGACACACUCCCACAAGAGAGAGAAGUCCAUCCAUUCACGUGUCCAGUCCAUCACGUGAAAAGAGUCCAUCAGUUCAUGGACACACUCCCACAAGUGUGAAGAGUCCAUCAAUUCAAGAGUCUACUCCAACACGUGAAAAGCGUCCAUCCGUUCACGGAUCCACACCAACCCGAUGGAAGAGUCCUGUUCACGAACUUGCUCGAGCCCGAGGGAAGACUCCAUCUGUUCACGUGCCUGCUCCAGCCCGAGGGAAGACUCCAUCUGUUCACGUGCCUUCUCCAGCCCGAGGGAAGACUCCAUUAGCUCACAUGCCUGAUCUAGCCCGAGGGAAGACUCCAUCUGUUCACGUGCCUGCUCCAGCCCGAGGGAAGACUCCAUCUGUUCACAUGCCUUCUCCAGCCCGAGGGAAGACUCCAUCUGUUCACAUGCCUUCUCCAGUCCGAGGGAAGACUCCAUUAGCUCACAUGCCUGAUCUAGCCCGAGGGAAGACUCCAUCUGUCCACGUGCCUUCUCCAGCCCGAGGGAAGACUCCAUUAGCUCACGUGCCUGCUCCAACCCGAGGGAAGACUCCAUCAGCUCACGUGCCUGCUCCAGCCCGAGGGAAUACUCCAUCAGCUCACGUGCCUGCUCCAGCCCGACGGAAAAUUCCAUCAGUUCACGUUCCUGAUCCAGGCCGAGGGAAGACACCAUCAGUUCACGUGCCUGUUCCAGGCCAAGGGAAGACUCCAUCAGCUCACGGGAAGCCUGACACGGGGAAGACCUUCGCAGUCAAGACGCCCCGCCCUCCUGAUGACAUUCCAGAACCGAACUUCACUGGCCAGCUCAUCAACGGGUAUCACUUCGAAUCACUCAUCAGUUCAGGUGGUGCUGCAGUAGUAUAUCGGGUGAAGAAGGACGGGGUGUUGUACGCAGCAAAGGUUUCUAUGAUGAAGUGCCACCGUGAUGGCUUCGUUAAAGAAACGUGGGAGAAUGAAUUUAACAUCUUAACAUCUUUGAACCAUCAUAAUAUCAUCAAAGCCUACGAACUGUUCCGACAUGCAGGUAGGAUGAUUAUGAUCAUGGAGUUGGUCAAAGGAUAUGACAUGGAUUAUUUCAUUUCAAAUCAUUCUGUCAGAUGGAGGCAGAAGUAUCUCAAAACCAUUGCAAAACAGGUCUUUUCAGCCCUCAGAUAUCUCCACCGUCAAAAUAUAGUCCACAGAGACAUCAAGCCGGAUAACAUCCUCAUAGGCCCAAAGCAUACGGUAAAAAUAAUUGACUUCGGUGGGGCACUUAAGCUGACAGAAGUGCAGAAACCAGAAUACAGGCUGCCUACCUUCUAUACGCCCGUCUACGCCCCACCGGAAGUACAUACUGAGGACAUGCGUGCCACACGAGACACCUGGGCAAGAUCGUUUGAUGUAUGGAGUACCGGUGUGACCAUCUACGAAGCCCUAACGGGAAAAUUCCCAUUCCCUAUCAAACAUGAUCUUAUAAGUAGAAUGUCAUUUUUCUACAAGGGACCGGAUUUCGCAGCUUUGAAAAACAUAGACAGCAACGUCGUGAAUCUUGUCAAACGAUGCUUAGAUCUCAAUCCAUCAGGGCGUAUUACAGCAAGACGCGCUCUGCAGUCAAAGUAUUUUUGGGGCGUCUUUUGAAAACUAUGAUAGAAGCAACUCCUUCCUGUCGACACGGGUGCUGGACUACCCCUGUGCCCAUGCUUGUCGUGUAAGACGAUUAAAACGGGUAUCAGGUGUCACAAUGGCCGCUGAGCAGGGAUCACAUGCCCUCGGCUUGGUGACAACCGAGGACGAAUAUCCGCUCAGCUGUGACGUAAUCGAUGUGUGUCAUCGUACCUCGACGAAAUGGAUCGUUGCACGCACUACCGACCCUGGAUUGUCUGGUCCAGACUCGAUUACGCCCCAGACCGCCGUCAUGUAGUUGGGAAAGUUCUGACAGUGGCGUAAAGCUGUAUUCUUCACUUGAUUAACAUUCUUGUAAACUAUCAUUCUAAUCUCGAAAAGAAAAUCAUAUGUUAGUCUUGUUGUUCAGCACCAUCGACAGUAUUCCAGCUUGCUUUAUUGUUUUUGUCAUUGUAUUUGCAUUGAUUGUCCCAUUCACCUGAUUGUCAGUAUUUUUUGUCUGUUAUGUGAUUAUUGGCCCUCCUUACAAUGUAUGUGUAAGCGCCUGUAGUAUACACACACAUCUGCAUCAGCGGCCGCUGGGGAUCAGCUUGUCAAAGGCUCCCACAGUGUGACCAGAAAAGGCAUGAUGAACUGAUGAUAUAAAAUGUGAGUAGCAUUUGUCUUCGUCUGGCCAGGUUAGCUUACACCAAGCACCAGGAUUAUGUGAAAGACCAACGUUAUAGCACGGUCGCUGAUCAGUGACCAAUGUGCACUGUGGCAUGUGAUGAAGUAACUACCAUGUGUUGCCUGUACCUCUGUGUGAUCAGGGAACAGCGCUUUCAUAAGAAAUAUGUAUAUUUAUGUGAUCAAAGAACAGCCUAUCAUAUGAAUUAUGUAUCUCUAGUCAUCAAAGAACAGUGCUGUCACAUGAAAUCCUUAUUGGGAUGAAUGGACGCCAAUAUUACAGACAUAUGUUAUUUAAGUUUUUAUUGUAGAUUUUGCUUCCGGUUUAGUGAGUCAAGAAAUAAUACAAAAAAAUACAAAAUACAAAAUACAAAAAAAUAUUGUGGCCAGGAUUGUAUAUUGCAUUGCCAAAUGGUAACAAUGAGCAUUGAAAGGCGGCUAUAUUGCAGCUGCUGCUAUUAUUGAAUGUGUUGUUGGAUAAUAAUAAUAUGUAUUUGCCCCCAAUAUUUACGUUGGUAAAGAACAUUAUUGUCACCUGUUGAAUCUCCCUAUAUGUGAUGAUAAUUACUGUGUUGCCUGUACCUCAAUGUGAUGAAGGGUCACAACUGACUUGAAUUGCCUGUACCUCAAUGUGAUGAAGGAUCACAACUGUCUUAGAUUGCCUGUUCUUCAAUGUGAUGAAGGAUCAUAACUGACUUGUGUUGCCUGUACCUCAAUGUGAUGAAGGGUCACAGCUGUCUUGAAUUGCCUGUACCUCAAUGUGAUGAAGUGUCACAACUGUCUUGAAUUGCCUGCACCUCAAUGUGAUGAAGGAUCACAACUGCCUUGUGCUGCCUGUACCUCAAUGUGAUGAAGGAUCACAACUGCCUUCUGUUGCCUAUACCUCAAUGUGAUGAAGGAUCACAACUGUCUUGUGUUGCCUGUACCUCAAUGUGAUGAAGGAUCACAACUGCCUUGUGUUGCCUGUACCCCAAUGUGAUGAAGGAUCACAACUGCCUUGUGUUGCCUGUACCUCAAUGUGAUGAAGGAUCACAACUGCCUUGUGUUGCCUGUACCUCAAUGUGAUGAAGGAUCACAACUGCCUUGUGUUGCCUGUACCUCAAUGUGAUGAAGGAUCACAACUGACUUGUGUUGCCUGUACCUCAAUGUGAUGAAGGGUCACAACUGCCUUGUGCUGCCUAUACCUCAAUUUGAUGAAGGGUCACAACUGCCUUGUGUGGCCUGUACCUCAAUGUGAUGAAGGAUCACAACUGUCUUGUGCUGCCUGUACCUCAAUGUGAUGAAGUGUCACUGCUCCUAUGUGCUGCCUGUACCUCAAUGUGAUGAAGGAUCACAAUUGUCUUGUGCUGCCUGUUCCUCAAUUUGAUGAAGGGUCACAACUGUCUUAUA